UUAUUGUUGACAUCUAAUUCAUUGGUCAUUUUCAGAAAAAUAAUAAUAAUAACACAGAAAAGAUGAGAGAUAUAAAUGAACUAAGAAAUAGUGAAAGAAGCAUCUCAACGGCAACCUUUCUCUUGAUGAUAAAGACAAAAAAAAAAAAAAUCAAAUGAAAAUGGAGGGAGAGACUGCAGAUUGUAUUUCCUUAUCAAACAAAACCAUCUCUUCUCUACGUCACCCUCCAAAGUUAAGCAAUACCAACUUUUUUCCUUUAUUUGCUUUGCCUUUUUCUUCAAGCACAUCUCUCUCUCUCUCUCUCCAAAAUCCAGGUGGUUGAAAGAUAUGCGUAGUUGGGUAUCCUCCUAAUCUUACCUUGCUCAAUGCCUACUCAUAAUACGAUUCUUGUAACAUCAGCCUGAUCUCUCGCAUGCUACCCUUUAAUGUUGUUUUAGUAAAAUCUCUGGAGUAGAAAUCUAAUCUGCAUUGAUCUCGGUCAAGUGAUCAGUAGCGUCAAGGUACAUCCCUUCCAGGACUCUCUUUUGUCCACUCGUCGGCUCAGCAUAAUACUGCAACUCAGUGCGGAUCAUUUUAAAUCCUGAAACAAAGGUUAUUAUAUUCAUCCAAGGAAAGAGUCAUCAUGCCUUUUGGGUUGGUCUCCGCGUGGAACAAGCGCCGGAGAAGCAAGUCGCAAGAUCACACGAAUCCUUGGAUUUAUAAACCUGUCGAGUUUUGGAAACUUGAUGAUCAGACACCCCCAUCCACAAAACCACGCCAUGGAUCUUCAGUUUUCACCCUCAAGGAGAUGGAAGAGGCAACCUGCUCUUUUAGCGACGAGAAUUUUCUUGGAAAAGGAGGAUUUGGCAGAGUUUACAAGGGCACUCUGCGGUCAGGGGAGGUUGUAGCAAUCAAGAAAAUGGAGUUGCCAUCGUUUAAAGAAGCUGAAGGAGAAAGAGAGUUUCGCGUUGAAGUUGAUAUCUUGAGCCGACUUGACCACCCAAAUCUGGUUUCCUUGAUAGGAUAUAGCGCUGAUGGGAAGCACAGGUUUCUGGUGUAUGAGUAUCUGCAAAAGGGGAAUCUGCAAGAUCACUUAAAUGGAAUUGGAGAAGAAAAAAUGGAUUGGCCUAUGAGGCUCAAAGUGGCACUUGGAGCAGCAAGGGGACUAGCUUAUCUUCACUCAAGCUCUGCAGUCGGAAUACCUAUUGUUCACAGAGAUUUUAAAUCCACCAAUGUUCUCCUAAAUGCCAAUUUUGAAGCUAAGAUAUCUGAUUUUGGACUUGCCAAGUUGAUGCCAGAAGGUCAGGAGACAUUUGUGACAGCUAGGGUUCUUGGCACAUUUGGCUAUUUUGAUCCAGAGUAUACUUCGACAGGGAAACUCACUUUACAAAGUGAUGUGUAUGCAUUUGGAGUGGUUCUUCUUGAGCUUUUGACAGGACGUAGAGCUGUGGACUUGAGCCAGGGAUCAAGCGAUCAAAACCUUGUACUACAGGUUAGGCAUAUAUUGAAUGAUCGGAAGAAGUUGCGUAAGAUGCUAGAUCCAGAGCUAAGUCGGAGUUCAUACACAAUGGAAUCCAUAGCCAUGUUUGCAAACCUGGCAUCUCGCUGUGUUCGUAUUGAGAGCAGUGAGAGACCCUCAAUGACUGAAUGUGUAAAAGAACUCCAAAUGAUAAUUUAUAUAAAUUCAAAAGCUUUGGGUACGGCAUUGCAUUCAUUCAAAAAGGUCUAAUAGAACCUGAUUGGUUAUCAGCAGAGACAAAUUGUAUUAUAUCAAUAAUAAAUUUCCUUCAAUUGGUGAUUCAAAAUGGAAGAAAGGGAACCUAUAAGUUUAAUGAUACAACAUCGAAAAGGAUCCAUGAAGAAGGUGAACCCUAGCACUUUAGCAGUUACACAGAGGAAACUCAAUGAAGAUCUAGGAGGAGGAUUUCAUGGCAAAGAACAUGAACCAUAAGAGUAGAAAGUAAGAGGAUUGCAGUCAGAAAGAAACAUACACUUGUAUGUAUGGCUCAGUGUAGCAUCAAGAAUUCUUAAAAAAGAUUUUUUAUUCUUCACUUGUUAAAGAUUAAUCUAUAAGAUAUACUUCUCAAAGACAGGAAACAUGUUUUCUUUUUGCAAUAAAUCUUAUACUAUUUGGUCUUCCCUCA